UGUUAUUGCAUCUGUCAAUGCUCACCGGAAGAGGGGGGGGUCUAUUCAAUCAUAAAACAGCCUGGCUGAAUGAGAAGUUUGCCCCAGAGCUGUUGGAGAGCAAACCUGAGAUCAUUGAGUGUGUUGUGGAGCAGUUGGACCAUAUGGAGGCAAACCUGAAACGGGCAAAGAGAGGAGACUUGAAGGUCAGCGUUCACCGCAUGGAGAUUGAAAGGAUCCGUUACGUGCUCAGCAGCUACUUGCGAUGUAGGCUUGUGAAGAUAGAGAAGUUUUUCCCCCAUGUCCUGGAGAAGGAGAAGUCUCGAGCCGAAGGGGAGCCUUCUAUUCUAUCACCGGAGGAGUUUGCCUUUGCUAAAGAGUACAUGGCAAACACAGAGACUUAUCUGAAAAACGUGGCCCUAAAACACAUGCCGCCCAACCUGCAGAAAGUCUCUCUCCUAAAAUCAGUUCCGAAGCCCAACCUGGACUCCUUUGUGUUUCUGAGGGUGUUGGAGCGUCAGGAGAACAUCCUGGUCGAACCAGAGACAGAUGAGCAGAGAGAGUACACCAUCGACCUGGAGAAGGGCUCACAGCAUCUGAUCCGGUACAAGACCAUUGCCCCGCUGGUGGCCUCGGGAGCGGUGCACUCAUCUGAGGGGGCAAGCGGCUUUUCCAGGUGUAUAGCGCGAGGGCCAUCGCCCCCCCAGCCGUGCCCGUGGACCUGGCCAUGCGGCUCUGCCUGAGCCACUCGCCCCC